AAGAGAGUGUGGUCCAAAACAGUACCUCAGACUGAACUAGCCAGUUCUCCACUCAGAAAGGGAGCCUGAGUUUUAUCUUCUGCAUCGUCGGUAUGAAGCUGCUGGUUUUGUGUGCGCUCAUUGGGGCUGCAGUGGCCGCUACUACAACACCAUGGCAAGGUGAGACUGAACUUACUCAAGGCUCUCAUGAUUUUCAAACUGAAAUGUCAGAGUGCAGCAAUUCAGGACGCUACCUUUACUUCAAGGAUGCCAAACAUUGGGCUGAUGCUCAGCUGCACUGUCAGACUCUGGGAGGAACUCUGGCCGUGAUUCACACAUCCCAAGAGAACGAUUUACUGAAGAAUCUUGCUAAGGGAAUGCCUGCAUGGAUUGGAUUCUCUGAUGCACAACAUGAAGGGAUUUGGCUCUGGAUAAACGGUGACCGGUUGAGCUAUACUGACUGGUGCUAUGCAGAACCUGACAAUGUGGGUGGGAAACAGGACUGCGCUAUCAUCAAUUCGACAGGUAACAAGUGCUGGGAUGACCAGGACUGCAAAACCGCUUUCCCUUUCAUCUGUCAGAUGAAGUAGCUUCGGAAACAUAAACCCUGAUUUAAACACAAAAUCAUCUCCAUCAAUUUUUCUUUUUCCUGCUGUGACUUAAAGGAGUGAGAGAGAGUCCCAUGUGAGAGGAGGUCUGCUCAGAGCUCAUACAGAGAACAAGGAAUGGAUUUUAAAGAUGCUUUGACUUCACUUUUUUUAUUGUGAUUAAAAC